AAACAAUGGCAGAAGUGGCUCCAGCUCCCGCAGCCGCCCCGGCGAAAGCCGCCAAGAAGAAGGCAGCAAAGCCCAAGAAGACCGGCCCCAGCGUCAGCGAGCUGAUCGUUAAAACCGUGUCCGCCUCCAAGGAGCGAAGCGGCGUGUCUCUGGCCGCUCUGAAGAAGGCUUUGGCUGCCGGAGGUUACGAUGUGGACAAGAACAAGGCCCGCGUCAAGACCGCCGUUAAGAGCCUGGUGACCAAGGGGACUCUGGUCCAGACCAAGGGAACCGGAGCCUCCGGCUCUUUCAAGAUGAGCAAGAAGGUGGAGACUAAGCCCAAGAAGACGGCCGUGAAGAAAGCUGCUCCUAAAGCUAAGAAGCCCGCCGCCAAGAAACCCGCAGCGGCUAAGAAGCCCAAGACAGCAGCCAAGAAGGCAGCAGCCGCCAAGAAAUCCCCUAAGAAGGUGAAGAAGCCCGCAGCGGCCAAGAAAGCAGCUAAGAGCCCCAAGAAGGCCGCCAAGAGCCCCAAGAAAGUGGUCAAGAAGGCUCCCGCAGCAAAGAAGGCUCCCGCAAAGAAGGUGGCCAAGCCCAAAGCCAAGAAGGCAGCACCCAAGAAGAAGUGAGCUGUCAACAGUCUGAACCCCUCAACCUGAACAAAGGCUCUUUUAAGAGCCACCCACAUCUCACCUAAAGAGCAUUAUCCUAAUAAUUAUGUUUUAUCCAU